AUUGUCCCUGGUACAGACGCCCCCCCCUCCCAGCCUGUCCUCGAUGCCGUCAGCCCUGGCCAUCUUCACUUGCCGCCCGAACUCGCACCCGUUUCAGGAGCGUCAUGUCUACCUGGACGAGCCCAUCAAGAUCGGCCGCUCGGUGGCACGCUGUCGACCAGCGCAGAACAACGCCACCUUCGACUGCAAAGUGCUGUCAAGGAACCAUGCCCUCGUCUGGUUUGACCACAAGACGAGCAAGUUUUAUCUCCAAGACACUAAAAGUAGUAAUGGUACCUUUAUAAAUAGCCAGAGAUUGAGUCGAGGCUCUGAAGAAAGUCCACCAUGUGAAAUUCUUUCUGGUGACAUUAUCCAGUUUGGGGUAGAUGUAACAGAGAAUACACGGAAAGUUACCCAUGGGUGUAUUGUUUCCACAAUAAAACUUUUUCUACCAGAUGGUAUGGAAGCCCGGCUCCGCUCAGAUGUCAUCCAUGCUCCAUUACCAAGUCCUGUUGACAAAGUUGCUGCUAACACUCCAAGUAUGUAUUCUCAGGAACUAUUCCAACUUUCUCAGUAUCUACAGGAGGCCUUACAUCGGGAACAGAUGUUGGAACAGAAGUUAGCUACACUUCAGCGUCUAUUAGCCAUCACCCAAGAGGCUUCAGAUACCAGUUGGCAGGCUUUAAUAGAUGAAGAUAGACUCUUAUCACGGUUAGAAGUUAUGGGAAAUCAGUUGCAGGCAUGCUCCAAAACUCAAACAGAAGAUAGUUUACGGAAGGAACUUAUAGCAUUGCAAGAAGAUAAACACAGCUAUGAAACAACAGCCAAAGAGUCCCUCAGGCGGGUUCUUCAGGAGAAGAUUGAAGUGGUUAGAAAACUUUCAGAAGUUGAGAGAAGUCUGAGUAAUACUGAAGAUGAAUGUACCCACCUGAAAGAAAUGAAUGAACGGACUCAGGAAGAAUUAAGAGAAUUAGCCAAUAAAUAUAAUGGAGCGGUUAAUGAAAUUAAAGAUUUAUCUGAUAAAUUAAAGGCAGCAGAGGGGAAACAAGAGGAAAUCCAACAGAAGGGACAGGCCGAAAAGAAAGAACUACAGACUAAAAUAGGUGAAAUGGAAGAAAGAGAGCAGGAGCUCCAGGCAAAAAUAGAAGCGUUGCAAGCUGACAAUGACUUCACCAAUGAAAGGCUCACAGCUUUACAAGUACGGUUAGAACAUCUGCAGGAGAAAACUCUUAAAGAAUGCAGCAGCUUAGGGAUACAAGUUGAUGACUUCUUACCUAAAAUAAAUGGGAGCACAGAUAAAGAGCACUUGCUUUCAAAGAGUGGCGAGGACCGCACUUUUAUUCACCAGUUCAUAGAGUACCAGAAGAAGCUGAUUGUCCAGGGGCAUCUAACCAAAGUGGCAGAAGAAUCAAAGCUUUCAAAAGAAAACCAGGCAAGAGCAAAGGAAUCUGACUUAUCAGAUACUCUGAGUCCAAGUAAGGAAAAAAGCAGCGACGACACUACAGACGCCCAGAUGGAUGAGCAAGACCUAAAUGAACCUCUUGCUAAAGUGUCUCUCUUAAAAGAUGACUUGCAGGGUACACAGUCAGAAACUGAGGCCAAACAAGAAAUUCAGCAUCUUCGAAAGGAGUUGAUUGAAGCCCAGGAGCUAGCUAGAGCAAGUAAACAAAAAUGCUUUGAACUUCAAGCACUUUUGGAAGAAGAACGUAAAGCCUAUCGAAAUCAAGUUGAGGAAUCUGCUAAACAAAUACAGGUUCUUCAAGUCCAGCUGCAGAGGCUACACGUGGACAUGGAGAGUCUCCAGGAGGAGAAGGACACUGAAGUCUCCAGCACGAGAGAUAAAUUGCUCAAUGCCCAGGACGAGAUUUUGCUCCUCCAUCAAGCAGCAGCGAAGGCUGCUUCGGAGCGGGACACUGACUUUGCUUCUUUGCAAGAAGAGCUGAGGAAGGUGAGGGCGGAGCUUGAGAACUGGAGGAAAGCAGCGUCCGAGUAUGAGAAAGAGAUCUCCAGUUUACAGAGCAGUUUCCAGCUCCGGUGUCAGCAGUGUGAGGACCAGCAGAGAGAGGAGGCAGCGAGGUUACAAGGUGAACUAGAGCAGUUGAAAGAGGAAUGGAAUCAGUUGGAAACUGAACGCCGUUCUCUAAAAAAGGAGAAUGCUUUGUUGUCAUCAGAACUGCAGCGGCAAGAAAAAGAAUUGCACAAUUCUCAGAAGCAGAGUUUGGAGCUCACUAGUGACCUAAGCAUCCUCCAGAUGACCAAGAAAGAGCUCGAGGACCAGGUGGGAUCCUUGAAAGAGCAACACCUUCGUGACUCAGCUGACUUAAAAACUCUUCUCAGUAAGGCUGAAAACCAAGCAAAGGAUGUUCAGAAAGAGUAUGAAAAGACACAGACUGUACUCUCAGAACUGAAGUUGAAGUUUGAAAUGACUGAGCAGGAAAAGCAGUCGAUCACAGAUGAGCUCAAACAGUGCAAAGACAGCCUGAAGCUGCUGCGGGAGAAAGGAAAUAAUCCCUCCAUAUUACAACCUGUCCCAGCCGUAUUCAUCGGCCUAUUCCUGGCUUUCCUGUUUUGGUGUUUCGGUCCAUUGUGGUAGAGAAAGAAACCCUGGCCCUGGAUGCCCGUGUUGGCGGCCCUGGUUGCGGUGACAGCCAUCGUGCUGUAUGUGCCGGGUCUGGCCAGAGCUUCUCCGUGACAGUGUGUCCUGUGUGUACACCGUCCUCCCUUAGAAGCUGCCUCUCACUCAUGCUGGGGACAAAGCAGAACCAUUUUCUUCCUUUUUACCUCUUAAAACAGCAAAGUGCAAGAAUACAGCUGUAGGGUCAUUGCUUUAACUUAUAUAAAAAUAUAUCUGUCUAUAGAGAGGAUAUAAAGUUGUGAAUUUAUUCGGAUUUUCAUGUCAUUUUUAAAUUAGUAUGUUGAGAUUCUGAAUAUUAUGGUGGCCUAAAGUAGGCUUCUUAGUGCACCAAAUUAUUUAUACCAUAAAUUUAUAGAUAUUUUACUCUGAAUUCUGAUGGCCACACAAUUCAUUUUUUGAUUCGAUAACUACUCAAACCGAACAACCAAUAUAUAUAUGGGAAGAGAGGCCCUGUGUGCUCAGUGCCUAUCAGUUUGAAUAUACACACACACACACACACAUAUAUAUUUUUUUUACGUAUUUACGCCAUUUUUACUUGUUAUAAAACCACUGAGCUAUUGGGAACAAGACUUAGACAAUUGUUUGUGUGAUUUUUUUUUUUUAAAGAAAACACAUUUGGAAAAUUCUGUUAUAAUGAUAAUUUGGGGAAUACAUACAUGCUUGUUCAGCCUUAAUGAGACUUGAAGAUGUGAAGGACAUCAGCUUUGAAAAACUUUCCAUGAGAGCUUGUAUUUUCUUGAGCAAACUGAAAUAUUUCUGGGAGCAAAAAACAUAAUUGCAUAAUUUCAGUGCAAUCAACCAAACUGUUGAGUGAAUUGGAAUGUAACUUAUUAAACCUCAUGUAUUUAAGAAAUGUUUUCUUUAAAAGCCAAGUUACCUUCUCAUAUAAGCAGUUUAGGAAGCAUGAUUUUUUUUCUGUCAUCUGUUCCUCCAAGCAUGUUUAAUUGAAGGAAGAAUUAUAUCUGUUUAGAUAAGCUUUUAUUGACUUAAUUUGGUUAUGAUGUGAAGCUAAUUCACAUUCAAGGUGAACUGAUGUUACCUACCAAGAUUUCUUGCUUGGGUAUACAAAUGUUUUUUUCUUUUUAUUGUUAAUUCGGACAGCCUGUUAAUUAGUAGCACUAUUCCCAGACUGAUAGUGGUCCAUGCACAGUAACACACCUAAGCACUGCUUGACAUUAUAUAUUUAAAACACAGGGAUUAAAGUUUAGCUAUGGUUUUGUUCAGCACCAUAGUGAUGUCAGUAUCCUAAAGCAUCACGUAGUUCAGUUUUCUUCAGUCACUGAAGAUUGGGAGGGGACGUCGGUGAAUUGGCUUGAAUGUUCUAUGAGAAUACCCAGAUCCAGCCAGAUAUCGAGAAUAGAAGUUUAGGAUAUAAUUUUCCUUGUGAUGUUUGGCAGUCAUUGUUUUUACUUUAUAAGUUGUAUUUAAAGCUAUUUGGGAUUGUUGUCAGGAGAAGCACUAGAUUUUUGGAGGAAUUAGCCACAAAUGACUUGUAGAAAAAACUAUCAUAUAGUUCAUUUUACCAUUUUCUGUUGCAGGAAGCCACUCCACCACAGAAUGCUAAUAUGCCAGUGGUACCCAGUACCUCUUGUAUAUAGUUAUUGCAAAUACUGUUCUGAAAUGCAUAACUUCAAAAUUACCUUUUUUAAAGUAAAUAAUUGUUUGAAAUCUAUUUUGUAAAGAUAAAACGUACAAUAGAAUUUCUGGAGUACAGAUUAAACUAUUUGCACUAACACACGUGAUGUGCAUGAUUUAAUAAAAUAACUUUUAUCUCCCUA